UUUUGAAAAGUUUAUCAAGUGUGUGAGCAUGUAAAAAAUUAGUGUUAAAAAAAUUAAAAUUAUUUGUCUAAUUUGAUUUUGCCUUUAAAAUUUCAAGUUUUCUUAACUUUUCAUCAUUAUAAUUUAUUUAAGUUAUCAUUAUUUAAAAUUAUCAAGUUGAAUUAAUCAAAUGAGGAUUAAAUUAGAUCAUAUAAUUCGGACGAUAAAAGCCUAUCUAAGAGAAAUACAUUCAAUUAAGGAAAAAAGAUCAAAAAUAAAGUUAAACAAGAAUUUUUUUUAAUUCAAACUUUAGAACUUUCGGUCUGAAUUUUAUUAAUUUAAACUAAGAAUUAUUAGCUUCCGCAUUUAAAUUUUAACUAGAUUUUGAUUUUUGCUCCUUCAUUUAAACUGAAAUUUUUAAAAUCCAUCUGGUCUAGUGAUAAUAUAUUGAGAAAUCAGGUUGAUUUGCAGAAAUGAUCGAGUUUUUGUUCAUCAUAUUUUUUUUCACGUUUUAUCUUUCUUUCGGAAUUAUUAAACAAUUGUUGAAAAAUUUAAUUUAUUUUUUGUGCAAGUAGGACCUGGUACUUAGGAUAUCGAGUUGCUGAGUGAAAAGUUUAAGUGAAUUAACCUUAAUUAUAAGUGAUUGAAUCUAAAAACUAUUAAAAUGGGAAAAGUAAAAAUGUAUAAAGAAAAGAUAAGAAUGCUUCCAAAUAUUGCAUUAAUGCUGACUUGUGUUUUGUUUACAUUCUUUUGGCCAAACAUAUGGAAUCACAUUCUUUUCAAGCAAUUUGAAUUAAAACCUGGAACAUUCAUACACAAAUCUUGGAAAGAUCAACCACUACAGCACAUCGAUAUUUAUUUUUUUAAUUGGACAAAUCCUGAAGACUUUACAAAUCAUUCAAUUAAACCAAAAUUUGAAGAAGUUGGACCGUACAGAUAUGAGUUACGAGUAAAGAAAGUAAACAUCACUUAUCAUGAUAACUCAACUGUUAGCUAUAAAAAAUUACAACGGUUUAAUUUCCUUCCUAAUCAAAGUCGUGGAAAACUGACUGAUCUCAUUACAACUCCAAAUAUAAUAGCACUGUGCGCAUCGAAUCAAGCAAAUUCUUUCAAUAUUUUUAAACUUAAAGGAGUUGAGAUGAGUUUAGCAUUUUUUGGACAAGAAAUUCAUGUGACAAAAACAUUAUCAGAAAUGCUUUUUGAAGGAUAUGAAGACUCAAUGGUAGGAAUUGCAACAGAAAUUGGUAAAAUUAUGGGAUAUGAAGUGCCAUUUGAAAACCGAUUUGGCUGGAUGCACAAGCGAAAUGAAUCAACAGUUUUAAGUUCUCUUUUUACUGUUGACACAACAACAUCAAAUUUAGAUGAACUGAGAUAUUGGACAGGACUUUUUAAGCCAAAAUUUUUGGAAACAAAUUGUAGCAGCUAUAUAGGAGCAUCCGGCGGUGAACUUUUCCCACCUGACUUGAUAAAAAGUAACAAAAAAGUAUCGCUUUAUAGUGAGGAAAUGUGUAGAAACCUCGAUUUAGAUUUUGAGCAAGACACUGAAGUAAAUGGAAUCGCUGGAAAGAAAUUCAUCAGUGGAGAGCGAAUGAUUGAUAAUGGAACUAAAUUUCCAGAUAAUGCAUGUCAUUGCAAUGGUGAAUGUGUACCAUCAGGAGUCCUUAACCUAACAUCAUGUCGAUUAGGAAAUCCUAUGUUCAUGUCAUAUCCUCAUUUCUUUCUUGGAGAUCAGUUCUAUUUGGAUCAAAUUGAAGGAAUGAACCCAAUCAAAGAAAAACAUGAAUUUUAUACAAUUUUAGAACCGACAACAUCACUUCCGUUGGAGGCAAAAGCAAGAGUUCAAUUAAACAUCUUAGUAAAACCACUUCCAAGGAUUAAAAUGUACCGAAAUGUUCAAACCAAAUUUUUACCGAUUUUGUGGAUGGAACAAUCUUUUGAACUCGAUAAUCAAAUGACUUUUAUGGUAAAGCUAAUGCUUUGGACUCCAUUUAUUGGACAAAUGAUUGGCUGUGUAACAAUAAUCAUCAGCACAUACCUGAUUUAUAGAUUAAGUCAAUCAAGUGUGAAGGAGGAAAAACAAGAAUAUAUUGAUGAGAAUGAAAACAAUAAGGAAAUCAAAAAUAAGAAACUUCCGGAAUUAUCUCCAUUAGUUAAUUGUAAGAAUAUUAGCAACGAUAAUGAUAACAUUUAUAAAUAGUAUGUUACUGAUUUGUUAAAACAUAA